AGAAGAAGAAGAGUAAGUGGAAGUUAACCUCGACGAAGGUUCUUCACGAAGAAAAAGGACCGUUCUCGAGGAAGAUAAAAAGGAGGUAGAAGAACCGAAGGAGGAAGAAGAAGAAAAAGGAAGGAAGGAAGGAAGGAAGAGGAGGUGGAGUAGUAAUAGUGAAGGGGGAGGAGGAGGAGGAGGUGAAAUAUCCUCAUCGCGGUUUUCCCCGCGUCAGAGAUCUCUUCAGAGAGUAUGCAGGUGGCAACGCUGUUCAGGGAGAGCGCCACCCUGCUGGGUGCCUCCACCUUGGAUCCCCCGCAGACUCACCACCAUCAGUCCGUGCAUCAGCAACAGCAGAUCCAGCAACAGCAUGCCGCCGACUUGCAUCUCGGUCACCACAUGCAACAUCACUACAAGAUGUCGUAUCCGUCGCCUGUGCAGAACGGGGGACAAAAUGGGGCGACGAUGAAUUGCACUCAGGGUGUGCUGGUGAAGCAAGAGGCUAGGGACGACGGUUACGAGACGAGUCCAGAUCUCGAGAUGAGAAGCACCGGUGGUGACAGCAGUCAGCAGUACCACACACCGCUGACACCGCACACGCCGCACACACCGCACACCCCGCACACGCCCCUCACGCCCGUAUCGGCGACGGCGCAUCAACCCCAACCACCUGGCUCGACCGCCUCCGCCCUAGGACAGGUGUCAAUAAAAUGCGAGACACCGGUGGAUCCAUACUCCUUUGUAGACGAGGAUAUGUCGAUGGGUGGUAUGAGGUCCGCGAGCAGUCCUGGUGGCAAUCCUGAGAGCAUGACGUGUCCGGGCGGCGUCCAACCGGGCCUGGUUACACCCACGUCGACGCCACCCGGUCCUCUCUCCGGUCAGCAACAUCAUCGGAUCGAUCUCGUUAUGAAUGGUGCUGUGAAUCCUCAGCUAGUGCAUCAACCGAAGAAAAGGGGAAGAAAGAAAAAAUCCGAAAUGAUAUUAACACCCGAAGAGGCGGAGCUCGCGGAGGCGAAAAAACGCGCGAAGACGUAUAAGGAGAGGAAAAAGCACGAUAGGUUCGACGGAAUGCCGGAGGAGGAAGUGAGUAAACGCGUUCUUCCGGAUCACCUGACGAACAACCUCGACAUCAUCAUAAUCGGGAUCAACCCUGGACUGUUCGCCGCAUAUAAAGGCCACCAUUACGCUGGACCUGGGAAUCAUUUCUGGAAAUGUUUACACCUUAGUGGACUUACACCUGAACCUUUGACAGCCGACGAUGACUACAAAUUAUUACGACUUGGAAUUGGUUUCACGAAUAUGGUGGCACGUGCCACGAAAGGCAGUGCCGAUCUGACGAGAAAAGAAAUUAAGGAAGGUAGUCAUAUACUGUUAGAGAAAUUGCGAAAAUAUAAGCCAAAAAUCGCGGUGUUCAACGGGAAAUUGAUUUACGAGGUAUUCUCGGGGAAGAAGGAAUUUGGAUUUGGUAGACAACCGAACCUCGUCGAGGGUACAAAUACGUACAUGUGGGUGAUGCCAUCGAGUAGUGCAAGAUGCGCACAAUUGCCGCGCGCAGCUGACAAGGUGCCAUAUUAUGCAGCUCUUAAGAAAUUCCGUGACUACCUCAACGGUACGAUCUCCCAUUUGGAUGAGUCAGACAUCGUUUUUGCCGAUUCGAAACUUAAGAAGAAGGAGCAAGAAGCGAUCGAAGAUAAGAAGCCAAUCUUUGCGGAUGAUCUGACGCACGAUGUCGACGGAAAGAUGACGGAUAUUAAUGGUUCUUCGGUAAAACAAGAAUCUGGCUUGAUACCGGGUAAAAAGAAACGCGGUAGACCAAAGAAAAUUAAAAAUCCUGAGGAUCAGCCGCCACCGGAUCCGGAAAAAUUGGAUGCAAAUGGCGAGGUUAUUAAGAAACGCCGUGGUAGACCCAAGAAGAUUCAUCAGCAACAAAAGCAACAGGAACGGGAAAACAGGGAAAGAGAGCAACAACAUCAACAGCAGCAUCAAGUUAUGAGCCAUUUAAGUAACGCAUAUAACACUGGGGUACCAAAUUGUUUUUCGCCGCCAUUGAUGUCACCGCCGAAACCUUUCGCCCAUAUGGCACCUUAUCCUCAACCACAAAUGAACGAUACAAGUUUCUUUGGUCAAAGUAUGAACGACACGCCCUACAAUAUGAGCGCGAAACAAAGUCCUGUACAUUUACAACAUUACAGCCAAAGUCCUAAAUCAAUGACGCUUUCCUUCACGCACUCCGAUCUAUCGUCGGAGAUAAAUACCGCGAUCUCGUCGGAAAAUAAUUUAGAACCAUCACCUUUAACCUCGCCUAGCGUUGAUCAUCCGGAUUUCGAGCCGCCUACAAGUAUGUCACAACAAAAUAUGGGUAAUGAUCAUCGGCAAUACAACGCAGCUGGUAAUGGUGAUAAUCCAAGUCAUCAUGGCAGCCCGGGUACUCCAUCGCACGGUGGUUACACGAGUUAUAUGGGUUAUCACGAUCAAACACCGGAUACUCACAAUCCACAUCAAACAACGUCAACGCCUC